CUGGGAUUACAGGUGUGCACCACCACGCCCAGCCAUCAAUGCUUUUUUGAAAUGUGGCUAGUGGACAAUUUUGAAAGGCCCAGAUGACUCACCUCUGUGGCUUGAUUCUAUUUCCACUGGACAGUGGCCCUCCAAGAAAGCCUUCAAAGAGAGGUGUGGCAGCCAAUGAGUUUGUUCCCCACUUCUUUUCCAAUACACUUUGCUUUUCAGGGCUUUUGAAUUUCUGAGUUGUAAGUGACGUUUCCAGGUCAAUGAUGGAGAAUCUGGGACCAGAAGGACAGGCAAGUUCCUCUCCCCACUGGGAAGCCAGUGGGCUCCAUGUCCAGGACUUGCCUGAUCUGGCUAUGACUCCCCCGAGCCUUUUGUCUUCUGCAGCACCCUGUCCAGAGCUCUCUGCUGUGCCAGGCCUUGGAGGAAGGGGUGGGCAGAGGGCGGGUCGAAGCACCUGGCAGAGAGCUCCCGUUGCUACAGGAUGUGGUCAGCAUGACCAGAAAGUCAGUCAUGGCCAGGCCAGGGCUAGUGCUCCUUCUACUGCUGUCCCCACUGUCGCUGCAGCCCUCCUCACUGUCACAGCUGGACAACACCGAGGGCAAGGCCACCCUCGGGGGCCUGAUCCUGUCUGCCCUGGAGAGAGCCACCACAUUCCUGGAGGCACGGCUGCCUGAAAUCAACCUGGACGGUGUGGUGGGGUUCCAGGCGCUGGAAGUGCAGCUCCGAGGUGCACAGGAGACGUGGGCAUCGGACCCCCUGCUGCAGCCCCUGAGCCUGCGUGCUGGGCACCUGGCUGACAAGCUGGCCCCUCUCCUCCACAGAUCUAUCACCUACCUGAAAAUCAGUGACCCUGAGUACCUAAGAGAGUUCCAGCCUAGCCUGCAGCCCGGGUUUUGGAAGCUGCCCCACACCUGGACCCACACCAAUGCCUCCCUAGUCUACCGCUGGCCUGAGCUGCAGGACUCCUUCUCAGAGGACAGCAGCGACUCCUGCCUGGUGCUGCUGCUGGGAACAGGGAACACCAGCAGCCAGCCCUGUGGGCUCUCAGACUUCUGCAGGACACUCAUGACCAAGCCUGGCUGCUCUGGCUACUGCCUGUCCCACCAGCUGCUUUUCUUCCUCUGGGCCAGAAUGAAAGGAUGCACGAAGGGACUGUUCAGCCGGAGCCAGCACUACAUCAGCGUCUUCUGUGCCAACAUGAUGGACUUGAACCAGAGAGCUGAAACCAUCAGAUAUGCCUACCCCAUCCAGGACCUCUUCAUGGAAAACAUCAUGUUCUGUGGAAUUGGCGGCUUCUCUGACUUCUAUAAGCUCCAGUGGCUUGAGGCCAUUCUCAACUGGCAGAGGCCACAGGAAGGAUGCUUCGGAGUGCCUGCCGCUGGGGAUGAAGUCAGACACGCAGACCCUCUGUACCAACAGCAUGCUCUCAGAAGAGUCAAGAGACGAGAAAAACAAUUUACAGGCGCCCACCCUGAAGAAAAGGCUGCUCCAUCACUGAAGGACAGGGUCCCAGGGCCUUCACACUUGGGAGAUAGAGGAAAAGUUCUCUCAGACAGUUCAGAGGGACAGAGGACUCUGUUCGGAGGGCUGGUCUCAGAGAAGCUCAGAGGUUCAAUUGGGUUGCGAAGCAGUGCUCCUCGCUCAGAGUUGGAUCAUGGACUAGAACCUGCAUCAGGAACUUCAGAGAGGAAAUUUCAUGUAGGGAAUGUGACUUGGGGGGGUGGAAGAGCAGAGAACAAAAAGGGAAGCCCAGAGGCUGACACUGCAGGAGGCACUGGGGGAGCAGGGUUGAGCAGAGCCUUGCUUCUUCUCUCAUCGGACAGCGCCUCCUGUUGGACAAACCUUGCCAGACACCUGGGCCAAGGCACCAUGGAAGUAUACUUGGGAGGGGUCCGUGUGCAGCAUUUGGAGCGAGGAAAGUCAGGGAGGGGCCAAAGAAAGAACUGAUGGGCAAGUGGUAUAGACGGUCCCAGGGGCCAUGCCACCUGCUGAUCGCCAGCUGCCCCAUUUUCCACCCGCUGUCUGGGGCCAUGAGGGACAGUGACUCUUGUGCCCCCAAGUGUCCUGCUGUGAUGGGACGUUGCACCGUCAGCCCCACGAUGUACAGAAAUCAAGAGCAGGACAUGGUCAUGUGGGAGAAGGAAAGGAAUCACGUAGAAGAAAGGAAGAGAGAUGGGCAGGCAGGGAUACGGAAGGGAGAAAAGAUGUUGGCUUCCAUCUUUUAUUAAUAAAAUGUAAAUAAG